AUUAAUUCUUUUGUAUUAACUCUUGCCGAAUUCAAUAGUAUGAAAAUUUGGUUCAAUCGUAUUAAAAGUACUUCCCUUUCAAAUUCCAAUCCUGUGGAUUCUUAUACCAGCUUUAUCGUUUCCGUCUUCGUUCUUACAUAAUAAUUUCAUUGUAUUAAGGGGUAACUGUUCCCCGUGAAGAGUUUAUUACAAUGUAAUAUAACACAAAAUUUAGCCACAGCAACGCGUGACCGGGUCUGCUAGUAGUAUUUUGAUGUUUACAAUCAAGUAAAUAGUUCAUAAAUUAUGCUUAAAUGUUAUUGAUAGUUAUUCCCAACUAACAAUUUUGUGAACAAAUUACAUGAAUUUGUUAGAUUCGUUAGAUGGACGUUAGAAAACCAUAUCGAAAAUGGGAAUUUUUCACCAUGUAAAAUUCACGAUAAAAAAGAAAAAUUUGUGAAUUUUUCCAUGGAGGAAUGGCGUUCACGCGAAGUUCACGACAAGGCUGAAUUAAUCUUUCCCACAAAAGACGGUGAUAAAAGAACUUAUAGCUAUGUGGUGGGGUUUUCUUGUAGCUCAGAACCCAAUUGGAAUGAUUUGAUAUUUUUGGCAAAAUUAAUUCCUCGUAUUCUUCAUAAUAUCAAUUGUGUUUGCUAUGUGUUUGGAGGUCCCGUGCAAUAUGAAAUUACGGAUAUAACUCAUACUACUCUUAAUGAAUACGUUUUAGAGCAACUAAGGGAAGCUGACGCUAUAGGAAACGAAAUAAUAAUUCAGGCAGGAGUACAUCGUGUAAUUUCGCAAAUGCCAAUUGUUUUGAUUCCCAUGUAUUUUGACAGAGAUCCGACGAAUCGAACUCCGUCUUGUUGUAGGUCAAUAGUCUUAAGACCAUUUUUAACAAAUGAUUUUAUGACCGGAGUACCAGUAAUACCAGGAUCUCUUCAGUUGCCAACACAGGUUGUAACUCCCAGAAGGCAACUUCGGAGACCCUAUAAAGUAUAUACAUAUAUAUAAUGGGUAGUCGAAAGGUAUUUUCGUAUCUUGUCAAUAGAUGUUGCAGUCGUAUAUCUCCGGUGCUACCAAUCACAUUGUGUCAUACCAUACAGUGUUGGAACGGUAAGCUUCAUUUAAUAAAAAAUAUAAUAAGAUAGUUGAAAAAAAGUUACAGAUGCUCAAAAAUAAGUGAAAAUAAAGAAAAAAUUCGCUAUAUUUUGAAAUUUUUGUAUAAAAUGGAAAAAUGCCACGCAAGCCACCAAUGAAAUUUGUGAAGUUUACAGAGACGAUGCAUUAUCAGCUCGUGUAGCACAACAAUGGUUCGUUCACUUCCAUUCUGGAAAUUUCGAUUUACACUGAUGGAAUAAUGUCGCUAGCGAAAAAAUGACAAAAAGUGGUCGACAAAAAGUGGUCGACCAAAAUGGUACAUAUUUGUUUAUUUAUUUAUUAUUAUAAAUAUAAAAAAAUAAGUUAAAAUUUUAUUAGAAAUACGAAAAGACUUUUUCGACUACCCAAUAUAUCAGCAAGCUAUGUUGAAUCGAUCGUGAUCCAUGUAUGUCUGUAUAAACGAGGAAAAGUCCCUUAGUAUUGGAGAUAUUGAUUUGAAAUUAUUCAUACGACCUUUUAACCCCAAUAAGCUGCUCAUUUGUUAGAAACGCCGAUUUCGGAACACUAUAACGUAUAGCUACCACCUUAGACUGAUCUAUUAAAAUUAAAUUCCUAACGAAAUUUGGAGUGAAUUAUUGUCCAAUACAGUGAUACCAUCCCCAAACAUAUUGUUCAGGUCGAAUCACGUAUAACUGCCAUACAAACUAACUGAUAAAAAUCAAGAUAAAGAUUUUCAUAAAAGAUCCGUAAGCAACUUUAAUUAUACUUAAAUGUUGUUUAUAUCAUCCUACCACCAUUUGUAUACAUGGCCGAUCACGUUUAAAGAU